AUGGACUUGGAAUUCACGAUCCAGGGACAGGCCAGGAGGGCAGACGAGGAUGCUGCGCGGAAUUCGAUGCGCUUCCUUCCCAGAGGGCGACUGGCCCGGGUAUUCGGUAGCAUACCGGUGAGCUUCCGGAACGAGGAGAAGGAGAGGAUCUUCCGGCAGCAGAAGAAAAAGCGGCUGCGACAUGUUAUGUGCCGCAUUUGCUCGGUCGCCCUGGUUGCUCACCUUCUCGCAGUUCUGGCCGAGCUCCCGCUCUUUGACUUUUCCUCGGAUCUCACUGAUGCAGCCCGCUUGUUUCUGGGAAAUCUGAGCAUUGUCGCAUUGACCUCGGCUUGCGGGCUAGUCUGCAACGUUCCCGAGGUGCUUGUGCCCUGGCUCUUCGUCAUCGGGGUGAUCGGAAUACUGCUAACGAGUCGAUCACGAGCUGCUUUCCUCACUGGCGAGUCACUCGAAGUCGCGUUUUCGAACAUUGCCACGGUCAACCCUGUGGCAUACUGCUCCUUGCUGUCGGAUGCCGUGGUGAUUGGUAACUUGGCCUGUCUCAUCGUCGUGUACUUUGUGGUGUUGCCGGUCCGAGCCAUUGUUGGGAGUUGGUUGGUAGUGGCGAUUCCUUUGCUCUACCUCGGCUUCACUUUGUUCAUGAUUGAGAAGGAUGGCAGCAUGGCACGCACGUUGAGUCUGAUGCUCCGCUUGAUCAUCUGCUGCACCGUGGGCCUCAUUGGCCGCUGCUACAUUGAGAUGGGAGAAAGGUUAGCCUUCUAUCGUGUCCAGAAAGUGGAGGAGGACCUGACCCAAGAGAAAAUUCUUCGAUUUGCUGCCGAACAUGAGAGUGAGCAUGGACCCUUUGCUGCCAAGACGAAUGAGCAUCAGAUGCUUGCUGGCAGGCCAGCAGGUGCAGCUUCUGCAGCUAGUGGUGGUGUGAUCAGUGCCGACAGUGCCAGCGCUGGAGCUUCGAUGGUAAGCGCUGCAGCUUCGGUGGUAAGCCGCCCUCUCAGCAGCAUUAUCUUCACCCCCUCUGAAACCAGAGACGUGCCGGUGGAGUUGCAGCUGUCCGCCAUGAAGGCUGUCGCUGCUGAAGAGAAGUGGCUCAUCACCUGGUCCGAUGUGAUGUUCCACUCCAACCUUAUCGGAAAAGGUGGCUACGCCAUGGUUGUGGAGGGCAAGUAUGCAGGUGCGCGUGUGGCGGUGAAGAUGCCUUCAAAGGAGCAGCUCAGCACGUCCAAAGAGGUUGCGGACUUCUUCGGGAAGGAGUUGCGGGUGCUUCGUCACCUGCGUCAUCCGUUCAUAGUGAAUUUCUACGGCGCCUGCAUCGAAGAGAACAAGCAACUGGUGGUUCUCAUCGAGGAGUUCAUUGAUGGCGCAAGCCUGCACGACAGUGUCCUCUACGACAAGGGCGAACCGCUCACAGAGGAUUCCAAGUGGCACAUUCUCAGCUGCGUCUGCCAUGCCUUGGCCUACCUGCACGAGCAGGGCCCAUCCAUCCUGCACGGCGACUUGUCGGCCAAAAACAUCAUGCUGCGUGCCCGCAGCUUGGAGCCGGUGCUGAUCGACUUCGGGAUGUCCGUGCUGAAGAAGUCCCGGUCGAAGAUCCAAGGAGGAUCCCCGCGGUGGAUGGCGCCGGAGCUCCUCAGCGCUUUGGACGAGGGUGGGCUACGGCCAGACUGUAGCGUGGACAUGUUCGCCUUCGGCCGCGUGUGCUUCUUCGUCUCCACGGGGCGGCUGCCACUGCAGGAAUUUACAGUCGACGAUCUGAUGGCUGCCACCAAAGCUGGUACCUUCCCUGCCAUGCAAUGGCCAAGCGACGAAGAGAGCGAGUUGGCAGCUUUUUGCAAGGCAGAUCUCUGUCCUCUUUGCGUUGCGACCGACCCCACCGACCGGUGCACUGCUGCAGAGGCACGGAACCUCUUGCAGCUGCAACGGCCAAAGUCACAGUUUGAUGCCAUCACUGCGGUUGAGAAGGCUUUGGAAGAUCCCCGAGGUGUGCUGGCGAAGCAAGAAAAGAAAAAAUGGCAUUUGUAG